GUCGCACCGCAACCAAAAUAACUCGUAAACUGCAAGUAAUACGCGGACGACGGACGACGGACACCGACUCGGUAACGUCCGCCGUUUCCCUUCAGUUUCCUUCUCCCUCCCUUCCUCUCCCCGGUAGGUCUCCUCUAACCACAAAUCUACGUCUCCGGCGUCGGUCAACCUCUGAUCGCUCUAAGAUUUGGGGAAAUCCUUUACGUGGAUUUCGAUCCUUCUGGCCCUGAUUCAUCUUUCUGAAAGGUAUCGUCAUCGUCGCCUUCUUUCUUAGAUAAAUCGAUCGCGCUCGACAAUUUGGGGAAAAUUAUUUUGGAUUUCAAUUCCUUCUUUCGUGGAUUGAUCAUUCGCGAUCCCGAUCCACAAUUUCGGGGAAUUCUUGCCGUGGAUUUCGAUUCUUCUGUCCGUAAUUCUUCGUUCUGAAAGAUACCAGCACCUGCCACGAUGAGUUGGAUGCUUCCAUUUUUUGGGGGCAACCAACAGCAACAACCCCAUUCAAAUUUGCAAGAAAUACCAACACAAUCUUGGUAUCCUUCAUCAGUUGCUAGUUCAUCUUCACGCCCCACUACUCCGGUCAGUUCCUCUGGUGUUGAUACCCAUCAUGCGCAACCUUCUCCUGCAGAAGCAGCUGGAGUAAUUGCUUGUUUGAAAGAGAAAAGUGUUGAUGAAUUGAGAAAGCUGUUAAAUGACAAGGAAGCAUAUAAUGCUUUUUUUAAUUUACUUGAGCAAGUUAAAAUUCAGAACAAUCUACGUGAUGAACUUCGGAAGGAAACCGUGCAACUUGCUAAGGAGAAUUUGGAGAAGGAACCUCAAAUCUUGGAGCUAAGAAACCAGUGCACAAUCAUUCGAACAACUGAGCUGGCUGCUGCCCAAGAAAAGUUAGCAGAACUGGAGAUGCAGAAGGAAGAAGCUCUGAAGACCUAUUCGCCAUCAGUUCUCUUGGAAAAGUUGCAUGCCGCAAUGAUCGAAGUUGAAGAGGAAUCUGAGAUGCUACACAGGCAGCUUCUCGACAAGGAGAUUGACCUUGCCACUUUUGUACAGAAAUACAAGAAGCUCCGCAACACUUAUCACAGACGGGCACUCAUCCAUCUUGCUGCAAAGACAUCUGGUUUCUAAAUUCAACUUGUUCUUGCUAAGAUGCUGUCACGAGUACCACCGUGCAUUACAGUUCAGCUGCUUUUUUUCUUUUACCUUUUUGUUUCCUGUGGCGAGCCGAGGGCCAUCAUCUGUCUUCAUAUCACUGGCAGGUUCAUUAGUACCUCACUCUGCCGAAACUAUGGUUCACGCUGUGCAAACAAGUAGGGAAUAGGGUGUGUGCCAAGCUAUCGUUGUUAGGCGACAUAUGUAUGAGAUGCAUUCUCUUCACUUUAUAUAGUGUUGGUUCAAAAAAAAGAGUCAGGUUGUUC